UGUCGGCGUGCGCGCGCAUCACCCUGAACCCGCUCCCGCUCGGUGUCGACGUGCGCGCUCCGUGCCUCAGUGACGUCAGCCGGCGUUGCUGCAGUGACGGUCGAAGAUGGCGGCGCGGCGGAGCCAGCUCUCCCCCAGCGCCUCGGACCCCGGCCCGAGCUCCACCCCAACUCCGACUCCGGUCUCGGCCCCGGCUCCGGCUUCUGACAGGCCUGACUCACCAGGGUUCACUGGCGGCAACGCCACCUCCCCGGCUCCCGGGGCAGCGGUGCCACCGCCACCAGCAACAGGAGGAGGUGCAGCAGCAGCAGCAGGAGGAGGAGGGGUGGUGAGUGACUCGGGCCGAGAGCUGUUCGAGGCCUGCAGAAACGGCGACGUUUUGCGGGUGAAGCGACUGGUCGAUUCGGGCAAUGUGAAUGCCAAGGACAUGGCCGGCCGGAAAUCCACGCCGCUGCACUUCGCCGCAGGAUUUGGCAGGAAAGAUGUUGUAGAACAUCUCUUACAAAACGGUGCAAAUGUUCACGCACGGGAUGAUGGUGGUCUGAUUCCACUUCAUAACGCCUGUUCGUUUGGGCACGCAGAAGUGGUCAGUUUGCUGCUGUGCCAUGGGGCAGAUUCAAAUGCUCGAGACAACUGGAAUUAUACUCCCUUACAUGAAGCAGCAAUCAAAGGAAAGAUUGAUGUCUGUAUUGUUCUUCUGCAGCAUGGAGCUGAUUCCAACAUUCGGAACACCGAUGGAAAGACAGCUCAAGACUUGGCAGAUCCAUCAGCAAAAGCUGUACUGACAGGUGAAUACAAGAAAGACGAACUUCUUGAAGCAGCGAGAAGCGGUAAUGAAGAAAAGCUCAUGGCAUUGCUUACUCCAUUAAAUGUAAACUGUCAUGCAAGUGAUGGAAGAAAGACUGCAGAACCACACCCCAUCAGUCUACGAUGUAGAAAUGGAAAUAUGUCUACUCCUCUGCACCUGGCUGCUGGUUACAAUCGUGUUCGAAUUGUUCAACUCCUUCUCCAGCAUGGGGCUGACGUACAUGCAAAAGAUAAAGGUGGCCUUGUUCCCCUUCAUAAUGCUUGUUCAUAUGGCCAUUACGAAGUCACUGAACUUCUGCUUAAGCAUGGAGCCUGUGUAAAUGCCAUGGAUCUCUGGCAGUUCACGCCACUACAUGAAGCUGCAUCCAAGAACAGAGUGGAAGUAUGUUCACUUCUAUUAAGCCAUGGUGCAGAUCCCACUCUAGUUAACUGCCAUGGUAAGAGUGCCAUGGAUAUGGCUCCCACUCCAGAGUUAAAAGAGAGGCUUGCUUAUGAAUUUAAAGGUCAUUCGUUACUACAAGCUGCGAAAGAAGCAGAUUUGACAAAAGUGAAAAAGAGUCUUGCUUUAGAGAUCAUAAACUUCAAGCAUCCGCAGACACAUGAAACUCCAUUGCAUUGUGCUGUGGCUUCACAACAUCCCAAACGCAAGCAAGUAACAGAACUGCUUCUAAGAAAGGGAGCAAAUGUCAAUGAAAAAAAUAAAGAUUUUCUUACACCACUGCAUGUGGCUGCAGAAAGAGCACACAAUGAUGUGGUGGAGGUCCUUCACAAGCAUGGAGCUAAGAUCAAUGCUUUGGACACUCUUGGUCAAGCAGCUUUACACAGAGCAGCUCAUGGUGGUCACCUACAGACAUGUCGUCUCUUGCUAAGUUAUGGCAGUGAUCCUUCCAUCUUGUCCCUUCAAGGUUUUACAGCUGCGCAAAUGGGGAAUGAAUCUGUGCAGCAGAUACUUAACGAGAACGUCCCCUUACACAACUCUGAUGUUGAUUAUCGACUUUUGGAGGCAGCAAAGGCUGGCGACUUGGAAACAGUGAAGCAAUUGUGCACAACCCAGAAUGUGAACUGCAGGGAUCUGGAAGGACGGCACUCCACUCCAUUACAUUUUGCAGCAGGUUACAAUCGGGUGGCUGUUGUGGAGUAUCUCCUUCAUCAUGGAGCUGAUGUACAUGCCAAAGACAAAGGGGGUUUAGUGCCCUUGCACAAUGCUUGUUCGUAUGGACAUUAUGAAGUUGCAGAACUGCUGGUGAGGCAUGGUGCAUCAGUGAAUGUUGCUGACCUAUGGAAGUUCACACCUUUGCAUGAAGCAGCAGCCAAAGGCAAAUAUGAGAUUUGUAAACUGCUGUUAAAGCAUGGAGCUGAUCCAACAAAGAAGAAUAGAGAUGGGAACACACCUCUGGAUCUUGUGAAAGAAGGAGACACAGAUAUUCAGGAUUUACUUCGAGGCGAUGCUGCUCUGCUUGAUGCUGCUAAGAAAGGCUGCCUAGCCAGAGUUCAGAAACUGUGUACCCCAGAGAACAUAAAUUGCAGAGAUACUCAAGGAAGGAACUCAACACCACUUCACCUUGCAGCUGGCUACAAUAACCUUGAAGUUGCUGAUUAUCUUCUCGAGCAUGGUGCAGAUGUUAACGCACAAGAUAAAGGAGGCUUGAUUCCUCUUCAUAAUGCAGCAUCCUAUGGGCAUGUGGAUAUUGCAGCCCUUCUGAUCAAAUACAACACCUGUGUCAACGCAACUGACAAAUGGGCCUUCACUCCAUUGCAUGAAGCAGCACAGAAAGGAAGGACACAACUCUGUGCUCUGCUACUGGCUCAUGGGGCAGACCCUACCAUGAAGAACCAGGAAGGCCAGACUCCUUUGGAUUUGGCUACAGCUGAUGAUAUCAGGGCCUUGCUUAUUGAUGCUAUGCCACCCGAAGCCCUUCCUAGUUGUUAUAAACCUCAGGCAACUGUUGUUAGUGCAGCAGUGAUCUCUCCAGCCUCGACUCCCUCUUGUUUGUCUGCUGCUAGUAGUGUAGAUAACCUGACUGGCCCACUCGCAGAGCUAGCUGUUAAUGGUGCCUCCGGUGCAGCUGAUGGAGCUACAGGCAAUGAAAGAAAAGAAGGGGAAGUUACUGUGCUUGACAUGAACAUAAAUCAGUUCCUUAAAAGUCUAGGCUUGGAACACUUGCGGGAUAUAUUUGAAAGGGAACAGAUCACGUUGGAUGUGCUUGCAGACAUGGGACAUGAAGAGCUGAAAGAAAUUGGAAUUAAUGCCUAUGGGCACCGCCACAAAUUAAUCAAGGGUGUUGAACGGCUGCUUGGGGGACAGCAAGGUGCAAAUCCUUAUCUGACUUUCCAUUGUGCUAGCCAAGGAACCAUUCUUAUUGAUCUUGCACCAGAUGACAAGGAGUACCAGUCUGUGGAAGAGGAGAUGCAAAGUACAAUCCGUGAACACAGAGAUGGUGGGACAGCAGGUGGAGUUUUUAAUAGAUAUAAUAUCAUUAAGAUUCAAAAAGUUGUGAACAAGAAACUACGGGAGCGAUUUGUUCACCGACAGAAGGAGGUAGCAGAAGAAAAUCAUAAUCACCACAAUGAACGAAUGCUCUUUCAUGGUUCUCCAUUCAUCAAUGCAAUAAUUUACAAAGGGUUUGAUGAAAGACAUGCUUACAUUGGUGGGAUGUUCGGUGCAGGAAUUUAUUUUGCUGAAAAUUCCUCUAAAAGUAAUCAAUACGUCUAUGGCAUAGGUGGAGGUACUGGAUGCCCAACCCAUAAAGACAGGUCAUGCUACAUAUGUCACAGACAAAUGCUCUUCUGUAGAGUUACACUCGGGAAGUCAUUCCUACAGUUCAGUGCAAUGAAGAUGGCUCAUGCCCCUCCAGGACAUCAUUCUGUGAUUGGGAGGCCCAGUGUCAAUGGACUUGCCUAUGCAGAGUAUGUCAUCUAUAGAGGAGAACAGGCAUAUCCAGAAUACCUCAUCACGUACCAGAUCUUGAAGCCAGAAAGUCCAUCACAGCAGAUAACAACAAGUGAACAGAAGUCAUAGUUCAAGUCAAACCUUGGCACCAAAGUGAACUUGGACCUAAGGCUUGUGAGAAGAAUGCCUUUCUAUGUGACUGUUACAAUAUUUAUUUGAGAGAAACUUUUACAAUAAAACUGGUGUUUCAGUUUAUGAUUCUUCCCCUCAAAAACAAUGUUGAUUUCACCAUCAGAUCCCAUAGCUGUGUGUUAUAAACUGUCCUUUCCUCUGAAAGAAUGCUUCUUAUUAGCUUUGGUCUACAUUGGAUUUACUUUUUGCACCUUUUCUCCCUCGCAGCUCAUUUUACAAAUGUACUGGAGUUGCUAAAGUGCUGUUGGAUGGGAACUUUGUUGAAUGGCUAAACAACCUUGAUCGCUGUAGUUACCUCCGGUGGUAAUUCCAAUCUUGGAAGAGUUUGUCAUAACCAACAUUGGCAUUGAACUGUCUCUUUUAAGCUAAUCAGUGUAUCUAACAAAAACUGCAGUGGUUGUAUACCCCAACAAAAAAGGCAAAAAGGUAGUCUGUACAAUAGACUCCAGUUGCUUAAAGUGGGGCAAUUAUUAAACAUUCUGUAAACUGGUGAUACUGCAGUUUCAGUUAAGAUAGGUGAUGCAAAACUCAAUAGCUCACGACGAUGUGUAAUCAACAUGCAAAUGAGCAUCUAAGUCAUACAUUCUUACAAGGCAAGUAAUUUGCAUGGACGUAGCAUCUUACAAUAUCAGUUAGGUUUUCCCACCUUAUUCCAUUAGUUCUGAUGGUUUUCAUUAUCCACUGAAGUUUUACACUUUCACAUGACCGGAAUUUAAUUUUUGACAUUUGUGUAUAGUUUACACAAGAAUAUAAAUAUAAAUGUUUUGUAGCUUUUUAAAGAUGUGGUUAAUGGUUGUGUGUUGGGUAUGAAGUAAAGUUCUUGGCAGCUAACUGGUAUUAUCCAGGCACUAACAUUGGCUGUGCUGUGUAGACAAAAUGAAAUAAAUUUCAAACAGAUAUGGAUUGAUGCUUUUCGUUAUGGUUGCUAGUGCUCAUUGAUAUGGUGAUGUGGACAAAAGCCAGCUUGAAGUUUUCUUAUGCAACCUAGUUGAGGAGUGUUGGAUACUUAGAAAUGGCAAAGUGUAACUCCCUUUACAAAGCUUGCUGAACCAUGCAACUCUGGCUUACAAAUAUGGUUAUGGAUCAUUGUGUGGAACAAACCUAUAAUUUACACUGGGAUUUUGAUUCAGAUGACAAUACCCACAAGUAUGAAAUCAGAGAGAGUUUAUGGAUGGCCUUGGGGUCCAGUCAUUAAAUUGAAAUUUUGAACUACAACGUUCUAGCAUUUUUCAGAAUAUUCAUCCAAAAUUGAAUUCAUGUUUAAGAACUAUGCUGAAAUUUGUCUAGUUCUAAAGCUAUUAUAAAGUCAUAACAGAAUAAUUGUGACACUUUGGCAUAAUGGAACUUAUUCAGUUCUAAAGUCAAGCUAAAAGUUGUAUAAUAUAUAAUUUUUAUUUAAAUGAUUACUGUUUUCUUGAGUGUGCAAAUUAUCCCUGACACGAAAUAUGCAUUAGCAGAUCCAGUCAUAGUAUCCACAUUUGGAUUCUGACUGACAGCUUACCUGUGUACUCAAUUAGAUUUAAUAUCCCACUGCAUUAUGGACCUGUUCAGAAGGAACUGAUCAGAUAUUGGGUGUUUUUUUAUAGGGGGGUGGGGGGGGGGGGGAUUGAGAACCGUAGAGAAGAAUUUCAGAUUUAUGCAUCCAUCCCUAGCUGUUCAUUUCAGGAUCCAGAGUCCACUUACACUUCUAACGCACUGUGUUAGCUAUUUGUAGUACAUAGUAAUUCUUGUUGUUUUGGUUCGCUUGAAAGUUGUUACCGUGUUUUAUUACCUAGACUCUUGGUCUUUGUUCCCUUUAGUGUGUCUUGCUUUACAGACCCUCACCAGCUGCUGUCUGUUAUAUUUUGCUGUUCAUAUUCAGCGUCUAAUCCAAGUAGUGUGAUUUUGUUAAUCAGUUUGAAUUACUUGCAUCUGAUGUGAUGUGAAGUGACAUCAUAUUGCAGAAGAAAUGGAUUUUAUUUGCCAUGUGUUACCAGUAAGUAAUUGUCUUAAUCACAUUCUGUUGACAGUUCUUUGUAAAUGGCAUCACUUUUUUUCUUUUAUGUUUAAUUGUGUGCUGGUGACAUACAUUCCACAUCUUGGGAGCUGUAGUAUAAUUGAUGAUCUGUAGCUCUGUCCAGUUGCAAUGUUGUGUAAAGUUGAUUGUUUCAGUUUCUAUAGUUGGCUUGGUGGAGAGGCAUAGAGUGACUUGACCUGAUGCAAAAUGCAUUUGAAAAAUAUUACUACAAGAAUCCUUCAUAAUUAUUGUUCAACAUAAACUUGUAGCAAAUCCAUCUUUGAGUCACCUGAAUUUUAGACAGUGAUGAUCUGCAAAACCAUUAGUUUAGUAGCUUAUUUUUAAAAAUCAACAAUCUAAUGACAUAUACUGAUAGAUCAAUUCUAAUGUGUUAGCACAUCACGAACGUUCACACUAAACUGAAAUGAUUGAUCUGCACUUGCUUCAGGAAUUAGGAUUCGUGUUAAUGUACCAUCACACUGCAAGGUAAUGUCUGUGUUCUGGAAUGAUUCAACUUUGAAAAUGUGGUCAAGUUACAGUUUCAUUGUACUUGGCUAUUGCAAGAAUGUGUGCUUAUUUGUGAACAAAAUGUUGCAGCUACGCGAUCUUGAAAGGGUUCUUGUUUUUUUAUUUUUACUUAUGGGAGCCUUCACUCCUUGAUCCAUGCUUUUUUAAAAUAUACUUUGCAAUAAAGUGAAUAUAACAGGAAGCAUAGUACUGUUAGGUGCAUCUUUGCCCAUUUCACAACCGAGUAUCUAUUGUUCAGUAAUCAAUUUUUGAAUAUACAAGUAGAUUGGAGUUGGAAAGUGAAAGUAUUUUGAAAAUGACAUUAGCUUGCAAGUGCAAAGUUCCAUACAAAUGCUGCACUUGAAUUUUGUCCUUGAAUUUUUCCAGCAGUCUCCUCCAAUUUUAUUUUCUCAGAAUGUGUGCCUAACUUUGGUUCCACAAUUUGGCCUGCUUAUUGGACAACAACCGUUUUGGGAUCGAACCUACAUUAAUUGUUUCAAAAUCUCAUUGCUAAACUGCAUCAAAAGGUGUAAUCAUUUUGAAAAGCUUGCUUGCAGCAUGACUGAAGGUGUGUUAAAGCUUUAUUUUUUAAACAGAGUCUGCUUACAUUCCCCAGAGAAUGAUAAUUGCCUUGUGGUAGUUUUUAUCAUUAACAUCACUGCAGUAAAGCUUUGAUAUGAUGACCUUGUUUGCACAUUAGUUUUACUAGUAUAUUUAACAAUUCACAUUAAUGCUACAUUCGUGUAUCAAUUAAUUUUAUAUUUUGCACAGAUAAUCAUGUUUUAGAGCAAUUUGAGUUAUAUUAGCAUGUUUUAUUUAGUGGUUUGGCAUAUUGAGAUUGCAAAUGUAGCAACUUUUUUGCUUGCCUUUAAGGAAUAAGUGAUGAAUGGACAGCAGAUGGUGUUAUAUACAAGACAGUUGCACAGAUCAUUACUGAUAAUGCAGUUUUACCAUCUGCUGGCUGAGAAACAGGGCUGCAUCAAUAGAAACCCCUGUUUAGAAGUAAAACAUUUUUGAAGGAGAAAAGCAGUGUAUGUUUCACCUGACAAAUCCUCCUUAAAACAGACUUUUCGGUAGUUUAUUCCUGAUACUGUUGAAUAUGACAGCCUCCUAUCAAAUGCAUCCACACUUCCAAAUUGUUAGCAUGAGGUAUUUGUGAUUUUUAAACAGAUGUGUUUCUGUACAGCCUGUAAAAUAUUGCUGACUGUUCCAUGCGUAGACUGUCAAUGAUAUCUAGAUAGGAUUCUCCCAAACACAUACUACUGAAUUCUUAAUGAAUCAGUUCAUUUGGUAAAUUACUAUCUUUGUCAUUUAAAUAACAUAUGAAGUAGAAUUCAAGAAAUAAAGACCAAUUUCAAUCCAUAACAGAAUUCACCAGGUUAACUGCCUUCCUUAUUAAAGAAUCAAUGCAUUCGUUGGUUUAGAUUAUUCAAGCUUCCUCCUCCUUCUGAGUGAGCUGUAUUUUGUCUUACAAUUUGCCCUAGAUUACCAUUUUCAGUAUAUGUUAUGGAAUGUAUUAUGUAUUGUACUUGAUGAAUCAAGUGACCUUCUGUUUUGUAUUUUACUUUGUAAUUAUGGUAUUUUUAAUAUGCACAUUUUGUCAAUACAAGGUGCUAAUGUUUUUGCAGGAGAACACUUGAAAUGGGUGUUAAGUAAUUUAAUAUAGAUGCCAUUUAAUUUUCCAGUGGCUUGAAAUUGUACGUAUAAACAAUGGAGACUGUACAUAUGUAUUUUAGUUUGUAAAUGUAUUGGUAGUAAUAUCAAUGAAAAUAAUGUUGGGAAUGUGAAUAUGUUUACACCAACAAGAAGGAAGGGAGAGAUAUAAACCAUUCUGAUAUAAAUAACUCUUUUAUUUUAAUUAGAAAUUUGUUUUUUUUCCCCCUAUCCUUUCAUUUAAGUCUCUGAUUAUUCUUAGAUUUCAGAAUGUACAGCUGUGUGGAAGAUUUGACUUGUAAAGAUGUGCUGGAUUGUGAUGUGUGUGGUACUGAAGUAACUGUUAAUAAACUGCAGUGAUGCCAACUUAA